GCCCGAUAGAGAGUUUUGCGUGCAUCCUCUUGAUCCAAGACAUAAUGGUAUACCUCUAUUCCGCACUGCCCAGGGCCUGCACUACAGCGUUGCAGUGACCAAAUUAGCCAACAAGGAUAAUGGAUUGGAACAAUAAUACUAGUAUGGGAUGGAUUGUAGAUUUCAGAGGCAAGGCCGAGGGAGCAAUAAUGGGUAUGCUGUUGGUGGACCUUCGAAACGAAUGGGCGAUUCAAUGUCUGGUCCUUUUCAGCUUCGCGCUGCAAGUUUUCUUGCUCUCUUUCGCCGGGAUCCGUCGGCACAACGUCUCCUUCGUGCCCAGGCUGCUCCUCUGGCUGGCGUACCAGCUUGCCGACUCGACCGCGCUCUUCACCCUGGGCCACCUCUCCAUCAGCAGCAAGCUACCGGAGCACCAGCUGGUGGCGUUCUGGGCGCCGUUCCUCCUGGUGCACCUCGGCGGCCAGGACACGGUGACCGCCUACUCGUUCGAGGACAACCGGCUCUGGCUGCGCCACCUGCAAACUCUGGUGGUGCAGGUCAUGGCAGCUGCCUACGUCCUCUACAUGUACAUGCCAAGCAGCGAAACCUUGAUCGUGGUGGCCGCCGUCCUCAUAUUCGCCGUCGGCGUCCUCAAGUACGGGGAGAGGAUAGUGGCGCUCCGCUCCGCCAGCUUCGACAGCAUCUGGACCUCCCUCGACAACAAAUCCGGCACCACCAGCCAAAGCGAAAGCGAAAGCGAAAGCCAUGAAAAGCUUUUAUUCCGGGAGCUACUGAAAAGAAGGUUCUUCCUGGAGCUGGACGCGGAGGCUGUCCUUCUCGGAGCUCACGGCCUGCUCGACGACUGCAAGGGGCUAUUCAUCGGCGCUCGGAAAGGGCGGCGCGAGUAUGUGCGCGACGUCCUCGAGUCCUUCCAGAUGUACGACCGCCUGGACAAGCUCAUGGAGAUGGAGCUGUCCCUGAUGUACGACAUCCUCUACACCAAGGCGGGCGUGAUCCACACAUGGUACGGGUACAGCAUCCGUGUCAUCUCCCUGGUGGCCACGCUGGCCGCGUUCUGGCUGUUCCAGCUGAGCCACAAGCAUGGGCACAGCAGGAAAGACGUGGGCAUCACCUACGUCUUGCUGGUCGGGGCCAUGGUGCUGGAGAUGACAUCUGUGGUGAGAGCAGCCGGCUCCACCUGGACACGCGCCUUCUUGUACUACAGGAAAUGGUACGUGCUCCACGGGGAGCUCCUUGCUCUCCGCCGCCUUGUCAAUGCCGCGGGCUACAGGAGGUGGUCCGGCUCCGUCGGGCAGUACAACCUGCUCGAGUCCCGCGCCAGGGACGCAGGAAAGCUGCCACCGGGCGUAAAGACGGCGAGGUUGCUGGGGCUGGGGCACAUGGCGGAGGACUGGUGGGACGAGCUGCGCCACUCGCGGUCCGCCGAGCUUUCGGGCUCCACAAAGGAGCUGGUGCUGAGGGAGAUACUCGAGAUGGGGAACCGGGGCGAGCAGAUCGGCUCGCUGCCGGGCCUGCUCACUCUACGGCGUUUCGGUAUGGACAGGUCCGUGGCAUGGAGCGUCCAGGACGUCGGCUUCGAGGACAGCAUCAUGGCAUGGCACCUCGCCACUGACAUCUGCUUGUCCAACGAGCAGGGCAACGACACCAAGGAAGAUGUGAUGGACGCCAUCCGCGUGCUGUCAAACUACAUGAUGUUCCUCCUGGCGCUGCGCCCAUACAUGCUGCCGGGACCUGUGAGGCGCAGCCGCUACAUCCACCACCGCCGCGCUUGGCACGAGGUCAUGCUCGGGCAAGGUAGCGAGAAUUCGACACAGGGGCGACUCGCGUCGGCGCUUCGCGCGGGGCUCCAUGCUCGAGUCUGCUCCUUGGAUCACCAUGAAGAUUACGACACCGGAGUGAGGCUUGCGGAUGUGCUCUACCACUACCACCGACCCGACUGCCUGGACGUCAUCUUCGGAGUCUGGGUAGAGAUGCUCUGCUAUGUCGCCAACCACUGCAGCAGAGAGUCUCAUGCAAGGCAGCUCAGCAGUGGCGGCGAACUCGUCACCAUUGUCUGGCUUAUGGCCAGGCAUGCCAACUUGUCUUAGUUUAUAUCUCAUGCACGCAUUCAGCUUAUAACCAUCGGAAUUUCAAAUA